GGAUCUUGGCCUGGCUCAGAAGACCUAAGAGUGAGUUUAGGGGGGAGGACAAGGUGCUGGGGCCACAGCAGCAACAGCAGCUGGAAGAGGGAACGUGAAUGUGAACAGCCACAGCUAGAGACGGGGAAGGGCCCGUGUGCUGCUGACCAAUCACUUUGCCUUGAUCCCUUCUCCGGAGCCCUAGGGAAAGUGUGGACCUGAACCAUUGAACUUGACCUUCGACUGUCUCAGCUCUGGUUAAUUUUUACCUCUCAAUGCUGUUCAUGGUCCUCCCCUUACCCUGCUACAUAAAAACCCAGGACUGGUGCUGCAGACCUCUCCUCUGAGACUUUCCACCACUUCCCUGCUCUCCCAUAUCCAGUCCCCCUUCACCUCCAUCCCCUACCCCCUCACACUGCCACCAUGGCCAAAGGCUUCUUCAUCUCCAGGACGCUGGGCAUCAUCGCUAUCCUUUUUGCUGUACUAGCUGUAGUAACCGUCAUCGCCUUGGCAGUUGUAUACUCACAGGAGAAAAAUAACAAUGCCCAGAGAAAAGAUAACCCCACCAGCCAGAUUCCCACCACUCCUGCCACCCUGGCCACAACCCCCGAUCAAAGCCUCCUCUGGAACAGAUACCGGCUGCCAAACUCUCUGAUCCCUGAGCAUUACACUGUGACGCUAAGGCCCAAUCUGACCAAGAAUGACGAGGAUCUAUAUGUCUUUUGGGGUGAGAGCACUGUCACCUUCCUUUGUAAAGAGGAAACAAAUGUCAUUAUCAUCCACAGUAACAAACUCAACUAUACAAUGAAGGAUGGCCACCAUGUGAGUCUAAAGGGGGUAAGUGGCUCCCAGCCCCCUGAAAUUGAUAAGACUGAGCUGGUGACAACAACCCAGUAUCUGGUUGUACAUCUGAAAGGUAACCUGGUAGCUGGCCAUUACUAUGAGAUGGAGAGUACUUUUGUUGGAGAGUUGGCUGAUGACCUGGCUGGCUUUUACCGAAGCGAGUACACAGAAGAUGGAGUAAACAAGGUGGUCGCCACAACACAGAUGGAACCUACUGAUGCCCGUAAAUCCUUCCCAUGCUUCGAUGAGCCAAGCAUGAAGGCUACCUUUGACAUCACACUGAUCCACCCCUCUGACCAUGUAGCCCUCUCCAACAUGCCUGCCAUAUCUUCUGUCAAACAAGAUGAUGGCUGGAACGUCACUCAAUUUCAAACCACCCCCAGGAUGUCCACUUAUCUCUUGGCUUACAUCGUCUCCCAGUUUGAAGCUGUGGAGGAGAUUGAAGAGAAUGUACAGGUUCGAAUCUGGGCCCGUCCCAAAGCAAUUGAGGCAGGACAUGGACAAUAUGCCUUGAACGUCACAGGCCCCAUCCUUAGGUUUUUGGCCAGUCAUUACGACACACCCUACCCAUUGCCCAAGUCUGAUCAGAUAGGUCUGCCAGACUUCAAUGCUGGAGCCAUGGAGAACUGGGGCCUUGUGACCUACCGGGAGAAUUCUCUGCUGUAUGAUGAGCUGUCUUCCUCCAUUGGCAACAAGGAACGUGUGGUUACAGUGAUUGCCCAUGAACUUGCCCACCAGUGGUUUGGCAACCUGGUCACUAUUGCAUGGUGGAAUGACCUGUGGCUGAAUGAAGGCUUUGCUUCCUACGUGGAGUACCUGGGGGGUGACUUUGCCGAGCCUUCCUGGAACUUGAAAGACCUCAUAGUGCUGAAUGAAGUGCACGACGUGAUGGCCCUUGAUGCCCUGGCCUCUUCCCAUCCAGUGUCCACCCCUGAAGAUGAAAUCAACACCCCAUCCGAGAUCAGUGAGCUCUUUGAUUCUAUCUCCUACAGCAAGGGAGCCUCAAUUCUUCGGAUGUUGUCCAGUUUCCUUACGGAAGACCUUUUCAAAACAGGCUUGUCAUCCUACCUGCAUGCCUUUUCUUACAAUAACACGGUCUACCAGGAUCUAUGGGAUCAUCUCCAACAAGCUGUGGACAGACAGUCUGAGGUGACAUUGCCUGCCUCUGUACAAACAAUCAUGGAUAGGUGGAUCCUCCAGAUGGGCUUUCCUGUGCUGACACUGGACACUGCCACUGGUGCUCUCUCCCAGGAACACUUCCUGUUAGACCCCACCUCCAAUGUUACUCGUCCUUCUCAAUUCGACUACCUGUGGAUAGCGCCUAUCUCAGCAGUUACAAGUGGAGGAGAAAGUUAUAAUGAAUGGCUUGAUGGAUCCAAGUCAGCCACUUUUGAGCAGUUUAAAGUGACAGGGGAUAAUGAUUGGAUCCUCUUGAACAUCAACGUGACUGGCUAUUACCUGGUGAAUUACGAUGAGAAAAAUUGGAAGCAACUUCAGAAUGAGCUACAAACCAAUCCUGCUAACAUUCCACUCAUCAACAGGGCUCAGAUCAUCCAUGAUGGCUUUAACCUAGCCAGGGCCCAACAUAUCCCAACAACCCUGGCUCUGGAAAAUACACUCUUUUUGGAAAAUGAAGUGGAAUACAUGCCCUGGGAGGCUACCCGCAGCAGUAUUAGUUACUUCACUCAGAUGUUUGAUCGAUCAGAAGUGUACGGCCCCAUGAAGAGAUAUCUGAGGAAACAGGUUACUCCAUUAUUUGAGUAUUUUAAGACUCUCACCAAAGAUUGGACUGAACGUCCUCCCACGCUGAUGGAACAAUACAAUGAGGUCAAUGCAAUUAGCAUAGCCUGCUCUAACGACCUUGCUGAAUGUGGGGAGCUGGCCUCACAACUAUACAGGCAGUGGAUGAGCGACCCCUCAAACAAUCCGAUCCACCCCAAUCUGAGAUCUACCAUUUACUGCAAUGCCAUUGCCAGAGGUGGAGAAGAAGAGUGGGACUUUGCUUGGAGCCAGUUCCAAAAUGCCACCCUGGUAACAGAGGCUGAUAAGCUUCGCUCAGGAAUGGCCUGUAGCAAAGAAGUGUGGAUCUUGCAGAGAUACCUGUCUUAUUCUCUGGAUCCCACGAUGAUCCGGAAGCAGGAUGCAACAAAUACCAUCACCAGCAUCUGUAGCAAUGUGAUUGGGCAAAGUCUGACCUGGGACUUCGUUCGAGGCAACUGGAAGAAGUUAUUCCAGGAUUAUGGUGGUGGCUCCUUCUCCUUCUCCAACCUAAUCCAGGCUGUGACCCGGAGGUUUUCCUCAGAGUUUGAACUACAAGAGCUUGAACGAUUCAAAGAGGACAACAUGGAUGUCGGCUUUGGUUCAGGAACCCGGGCCCUGGAGCAGGCUCUGGAGAAGACCAGGGCCAAUAUUAAAUGGGUGAAUGAGAACAAGCAGCUUGUGCUGGAGUGGUUUGAAGAGCACAGUAAAUAAAAUAGGCUUCCAGUUCGUGAAGGUAGUAGCAGUGUUCCCCUGUGUGAUCAGUGCUGAGUUGCAUCUCUCUUGAAGGCCUGAGCCCAGUCAGAAGUGGGGUGAGGGACAGAGCAUUAUAAAAUCUUCCUGGACCCUCUUCCCUGCCUCCAUCUUCAGGCUCAUAAUACCAUUCUUGAUACUUGGCAUCAUGUGCUCCCCUGCUUUUCUUCAUGCCAGACCCUCUUAGCAUUGACAGGAUCUGAAAAGCCCAGGUCCUGGGUGGCAUCAUGGACUCAUCUUACCAGGGAGAAAUUGUUUCAGGGUUAAUCUCAGGGAAGCCCAUGUCCCAUGGGCUGAAUCACUCAGAUAGGAAGUGGAGCCUUCUCUGGCUGCCAUCCCUUCUUCCUCCCCCUCACCUUGAAAGUCCUAGCGUCUGAGAAAUCAAUGGGGAAAUUAUCUGUAUAUUUUUUUUCUAAGGGAAAAUGUAAAUAAAUGAUUUCUCUAUGA